AGCAACUCGACCAAAGCUUAUAAAUUGAGACUAUGGAAACCUGUUUCAUUCAAUCAGUUACAUCUCCCGCAAAUAACUUAACCCCGGAUCGCUUCCUGCGCUGAAUCUGUAUCGUAUGUCGAAUAUCGCGCUCGUCCUUCACCAUGGCGCCAUCAAUCACAACAAUCGACCAUUACACUCAUACCGGUACCUCAAUCCCCCUGACCCCUAUUCUGGAAGACAAGGUUUCCCAUCUCGUACCAGGCGAAGUCGUCAGCCUCCCUCUUGCUCUCAAUACGUCUCAUAUCGUCGAGGUGGUUCAUUCUCAAUACAGGAGACAUUUGGACGAGCGACUAGCCCUGGCUAUCAACAUUGAAACAGUUUUCAAUAUUUGUUGGUCAUUGGUGAUAAACUGCUUUUCCCCCUCUAGGGUCAUAUACCUCGAGUUACAUCCUUCGUCCAAUUCCUGUUACAUAAGUGACACGUUCAAACCUAAUUCCGAGUCGUAUUCCCUUGAAUUCACUGCGGAUCGUCUAUUAAAGGACCUCGUUCGAGACUUCUGUCGAGUUAAGGCUGGCCUUAGUUUCGCACUUCCUGGUGAUUCCUUACCUCCCGAUAGCCAGGGUCGCUUUCUCAGCUCGGCCAUUCGGUACACUGAUGAUCAGUUCCAUUUUCACGAGGCACCUCAUGUUGUGAACUCAACCAUCACUAGGCCGAAGUUAUGGCUCAAUAUUACCGGUGACCACAGUAGCCUGCGCGCGAGCCUGACCUUCUCUAACUCAAGCAUAUCCAAGGAUCUCGCGAUGAGUCUGCUUCAUUGUUUCAAUAAGGUCGUGAACUCGAUUCAUAAAUCUCCUUUAACUGCUUUGCAAGAUCUGGAUUUGUAUUCCGAUCUAGACCUCCUCCUCGCACAAAGCUUCGCGAAGGACGUUUCCCCUUUCAACGAGGUGCUGCUGCAUGAGAUGGCGCUCGACUUCGCCCAACACCAUCCGGAGACGCCCGCCGUCUGUUCAUGGGAUGGUAAUCUCAGCUAUGGAGAGCUGGAUGACCUUACCUCACGCCUCGGCAAGUACCUUCUGAGCAUUGGCGUUGGUCCUGAAAUCUUUGUGCUCAGCUGUUUUGAAAAGUCGAUGUGGGCUAUUGUCGCUCGUCUGGCCAUCAUGAAAGCCGGCGGUGCCUAUAUCUCCAUCAACGCCUCCGACCCACCUGUCUUUCUUAAAUCAGUGGUCGACCGUGCUCGCGUGAAUAUCAUGCUCACAUCCCCUGCAUACGUAUCAAGUUAUGCUUCGCUUGUGGAGACUAUAAUCCCGGUCGCCUGGAACGUUAAAACCCUCCCCAAAGCUACCGGCACGAUUUGUCCCACAGUGAAACCGAGAAACGCCUGUUUGAUAUUAUUCACCUCUGGCAGCACAGGCCAGCCCAAAGGCAUUAUUCAGGAACACCGAUCAUAUGCCACCGCGAUUCGCGAUUACAACCGGGUCCUUGGUUUGGCCCGUCAUUCACGAGUCCUCCAGUUUGAUGAUUAUGCAUUCGAUAUCAGUAACAAUGAUUACCUGACAGCUUUGGCUGCUGGCGGUUGUUGUUGCGUUCCAACUCCCGAAAAAACCAUCCCAGCUCUGAUCAAAAACAUCAAUACUUUGCGAGCGAACAUGACCUUUCUCACUCCCACGGUUGCCAUCCAAAUUGACCCGCGAGAUGUCCCGUCUUUGGAUUUGGUUUGCAUUGGGGGUGAGUCCAUGUCAAAUGACCUGCUGUUAAAAUGGACCCCUCAUGUCAAGCUGGUGAAUCAAUAUGGAAUGAGCGAGGCGGCUACCUUCUGUGCUUAUAACGAUGCUCCUGAACCAGGCCGGAAUGCGGUUGUCGGGAAGGCUGGCAGCGGCGCUAUUUGGAUUGCUAAUCCAGCCUCCCCUGAGCGUCCGGUGCCCAUUGGCAGUAUUGGUGAGAUCUUGAUAGAGGGCCCCAACCUUUCUCGUGGGUACUUGGACGACCUCUGUCAAAAGCCCGACGUUGGCUUCCUGAGUGCUGUUCCUCGGUGGAUUGCUAAUCUCUACCCAUCCCGCGCAACUAAUUCCCGAAUCUAUCGAUCUGGAGACCUUGGUCGAUAUCUGCAUGAUGGCACAGUCGAGCACAUGGGACGGAAAGAUACGUUGUUAAAGCUAAAUGGCGAACGUGUUGAGGCAACAGAGGUCGAGCAUGUCCUCCGUAAAAGUAUUUCGCCUGAUGAUUGUGUCGUGGUAGACAUACUGGGCGAGAUCAAUGGCGUUCAAGACCCUGUUUUGGUGGCCUUUCUUUAUCUGGCCCAUGCCCCAACGAACAUUUUUCCGAAUUCCCCUGAUUCGGCGAUAACAAUUUCACCGAUCACUCAACAUGUCAGCUUGUAUCAAUUGGUGGAGGAGAUGCAGAAUGGAGUUAAGAGCACGCUACCGAAACACAUGAUGCCUCACUUGUUUUUGCUUGUUAACCGGAUCCCACGGACAAAGUCAAACAAACUCGAUCGCAGAAAGCUACGCCAGGUUGCUCAGAAAUGGUAUAUGACAAUCUGGACUUAAUAGUUGGAGCAUUUUGCGGCCUGUUCGGAAGGCGAUUGCUCUCUGCCUCCAGUUUCCUUGGGAGGAGACAUGUCGCGGAUGAAAGGGGCAACUGUCUUUAGGAGAAGAGUUGGAAAGAAUAACAAGAAGGAUUCAAAUUGCCCUUAUAUACUACCAGGGCGUUACCUGUGAGCGAGGCCCACAAUGACAAAAGUUUGCCAUUGAUACAGUAUAGCUGAGCCGUCGUCAAUGGGGUAGGUGUUCAAAGGGGAAUUUAAAGCAAAAUCGAU